GUAUUUGGAGUGGAUGACAGCCAGGAUUAUAAUAGGCCUGUUAUCAACGAGAACCAGAAAGAUUUAGUAAAAGAUUGGGCUAUAAAUUCUGCUACAGUAGUACUGGAAGAAAAAAGACCACUGAGUACAACUGGAUUUCUUGACACAGAGGAAGGUUCUGCUCCCCCUGGAACUAAGCGUUGGGUAUCACAGUGGGCCAGUUUGGCUGCUAAUCACACACGUCAUGACCAAGAUGACAUCAGAUUGGAGUCAUCUGUGCCUGCUCCAUUAGAAAACGAUACAGACAUCAGUGAAUCUGGUAUUUCCGUUAGAAGCACUGGUUCAACUGCUUCUAUGACCAGCCAAGGUGAGCGAAAGAGGAGGACACUUCCACAGCUUCCCAAAGAGGAGAAAGUGAAUGAAAGCUCAAAAGCAAAAACUACAUCUCAUCAGAGAUCAGAAAUAGGUGAAAAGCAAGACACUGAACUUCAGGAGAAAGAAACUCCAGCUCAUGCCUCAGAUGCUGACAGCAGAAGUAUAGCUAAGUCAAGCAGAACAAUGAAUGGGCUUUCACCCAAAUCUACUGGAGACAAAGUUUUUUCUUUCCCCAGCUCUUCCAGUAAAGACAGAGUUGAAACUGUGAGAGAAGCUUCUGCUGUGAAACAAGCUUUAGCAAAAAUUCAGCAACAAGAAAGAAAGGAGCAAGGACACUGGACACCCACAAAAUUAUCCUCUACAAAGCCUGCUGCAAACCAGGUUGAGAGAGCUAGGGAGGAGAUUGCUAUGUCACCCAAAACUUUGGAUAAUCAAGACAAGGCUCCUGGACAUGUUACAGAUAAAGCAGAAAUGAAAUUGGUGCAGAGUGAGGGAAGAAGAAGAAAAAACGAGGAAACUAUUAAAGGACAAAGUCCUAAAGCAUCUGGAGGAGAAAAAAAGGAAUCUUCAAAACCAUUAGUGAGGCAAGGUAGCUUUACUAUAGAUAAGCCUAGCACGAAUAUACCUAUAGAACUUAUUCCUCACAUUAAUAAACAAAGUGGAUCUGCUGCCCCUUUAGCAUCUGCAAACAGGUUACGUGACAGAAGUGAUUCAAUGGACACUGAUUCCAGUCUAGAUACAACACUCAUUUUAAAAGACACAGAAGCUGUAAUGGCGUUCCUUGAAGCUAAAUUGCGUGAAGAAAGUAAAACUGAUGAAGGUCCUGAGACUCCUAGCUAUAACAGAGAUAAUUCCAUAUCGCCAGAGUCAGAUGUAGACACAGCCAGCACAAUCAGUCUCGUUACUGGUGACACUGAAAGAAAAUCCACACAGAAGCGGAAGAGCUUUACAACCUUAUAUAAAGAUAGAUGUUCCUCUGGUUCCCCUUCAAAGGAUGUUUUAAAAUCUUCUGCAACAAGUGCCAGAGAAAAGAUGGAAAAGAAAACUAAGAGUCGAUCUUCAGAUGGUGGGUCUAGAGCUGAUGCUCGCAAAACGGUGCAAUCCACUGGAAGAAUUAGACAACCAUCAGUAGAUUUGACAGAUGAUGACCAAACAUCUAGUGUACCUCAUUCUGCCAUUUCUGAUAUCUUAUCAUCUGACCAGGAAACCUACUCUGGUAAAUCACAUGGAAGAGUUCCUUUUGCCUCAGCAGAUGAACUUUUACAUUCUAAAAUGGAAGGGAAGUCAGCUAAAUCAAAAACCUCUCCUGUUGCAUUUGGGCAGUCUAGUAAAUCUACCACUCUUCCAAGACCUCGUCCUACAAGGACUUCUCUCUUGCGCAGAGCACGGCUUGGUGAAGCCUCGGAUAGCGAGCUUGCUGAUGCCGAUAAGGCUUCAGUGGCUUCUGAAGUGUCCACUACAAGUUCUACGUCAAAACCUCCAUCAGGGAGGAGAAAUAUUUCCAGAAUAGACUUACUUGCUCAACCUCGCAGAACUCGACUUGGCUCUUUAUCAGCACGUAGUGAUUCUGAAGCAACAAUAACUAGAAGCACUGCCUCAUCUCGUACCCCAGAAGCUAUUAUCAGAAGUGGUGCAAGGUUAACAUCAGCAGGAGAUAGUAGCAAAGUUUCUGCUAGAACUCGAGCCAAUAGCAUUUCUCGACUUUCAGAUUCAAAAUCCAAAUCUUUGGCUUCAGCUCAUAAUUCUCCCUCAGAGAAAUCCAAGCUUCUCCCAGACCCAGAUCCUGAUGUUGAAACUUACAGUGUAAGUGCAAGAUGGAGGCGCUUUCCUACAGAUUAUGCUUCCACCUCAGAAGAUGAAUUCGGAUCAAACCGUAAUUCCCCUAAACAUACCCGUCUACGUACCUCUCCAGCCCUGAAAACCACACGACUGCAGAGCACUGGGACAGCAGCUCAAAGUAGCAGUGCAUUCAAGCACAGAAUAAAGGAACAGGAAGACUACAUUCGUGACUGGACUGCUCACCGAGAAGAAAUAGCAAGGAUCAGUCAAGAUCUGGCUCUCAUCGCACGGGAAAUCAACGAUGUAGCAGGAGAGAUAGAUUCAGUGACUUCAUCAGGCACUGCCCCCAGUACCACAGUAAGCACUGCUGCCACCACCCCUGGCUCUGCCAUAGACACUAGAGAAGAGGUAGGAGAUCUUCAUGGAGAAAUGCAUAAG